GCAGAAGGACACAAGUUUACCGCCUACUUGCCAAGAACCAGGAAAUAGUCAUGAUAUUUUGAUAGGCGACUCGCACUUGAUUUUAGUCAUUGUGAUAUACUUACUUUCUAUUACUUUCGUGGUCGACGGAGUUUGUUGCAGUUAUGGCAUCGUUAUUCAAGAAAAAGACCGUCGAUGAUGUUAUUAAAGAACAGAACAAAGAGUUGCGGGGAACGCAGAGACAGAUUGCAAGAGACCGGACAGCACUGGAAAAACAGGAAAAACAGCUGGAGAUGGAAAUCAAGAAAAUGGCAAAGACCGGGAACAGAGACGCCUGUAAAGUUUUAGCCAAGCAACUUGUUCAAGUGAGGAAACAGAAAACACGUACAUAUGCCGUCAGCUCUAAGGUCACCUCCAUGUCAACACAAACCAAGCUAAUGAACUCCCAAAUGAAGAUGGCUGGUGCCAUGGCUACAACCACCAAAACAAUGCAAGCUGUCAACAAAAAGAUGGAUCCGAAGAAGACAAUGCAGACCCUGCAGAACUUCCAGAAAGAGACCGCAAAGAUGGACAUGACAGAAGAGAUGAAUGGCUCAUGCCCCUUCAGCUGCCCGAAAGCAGCCACGCGCCGCUACAUCCAAAGCAGAUGGGAUAUCAGAUGA